ACGAUGGGGAUGCAUUUAACAUAACCUCGGAAAGCCUUUCCACCCCUUGAAGAGCCUAGAGGAAGUUAGGAACAUACAUAUUUUGCCAUAUUCGUCGCAUCUCUUUUAUAUCUCCCAAACCCUAGCCUCUAUUCCUCAAAUUUUCUCGAUCACUUUCUCAAAUACUCCAAACACAAGCCUAUGGGUUCGAAAUUGAAGGGCAAUACUACUCACACAGGCGAUGGUGCUAGUCCUGGGAAGAUUUUCAUUGGAGGAUUGGCGAAGGAUACAACCUACGCUGCCUUCAAUAAGCACUUUGAGAAAUAUGGAGAAAUAACAGACUCGGUGAUUAUGAAAGAUCGGUAUACUGGUCAACCCAGGGGAUUUGGGUUUGUCACCUAUGCUGAUCCUUCAGUUGUUGACAGUGUCAUUGAAGAUACACAUGUUAUUAACGGAAAACAGGUUGAGAUUAAAAGAACCAUUCCAAAAGGCUCUGGUCAAUCGAAGGAUUUCAAAACAAAGAAGAUAUUUGUUGGUGGAUUACCAUCUACAGUCACUGAAGAUGAGUUCAAGGAUUUCUUCUCCAAGUAUGGGAAGGUGGAGGAGCACCAGAUUAUACGCGACCAUGAAACCAACCGUUCGCGAGGCUUUGGAUUUAUAAUAUUUGAAAGUGAAGAGGUAGUAGAUGAAAUAUUGUCGGAGGGGAAUAUGAUUGAUAUGGCAGGCACUCAGGUGGAGAUCAAGAAAGCUGAACCAAAGAAAGCCUCAAACCCACCACAUGUUUCCGCAUUUGGUAGCAACUCUAGGGCUCGUUCUUUCAGUGAUGGCUUUGGUGGAUUUGGCAGCUCAUACGGGAGUUAUGACAGUGGGUUUGGAGCUGCUCCAUAUAGGGCAGCUGGAGGUCUGGGCAGUAGGCUUGGUGGAUACGGUGGGUAUGGUAGUGAUGGUGGGGAGUAUGGUGGUGGUUAUGGUAGUUUUGGAAGCAGUAACUUAGGAGGUUACAGAGGGGAUCCUUCCCUUGGUUAUUCUAGUCGCUUUGGACCCUAUGGCGGCGGGUUUAGCGGGAGUUAUGGUGGAAGUGGUUUAGGUGGAUAUGGCCAAGGAGGCGAAAGCUACGGAAAUUAUGGAGGUUCAGGCUAUGCUAGUGGUUAUGAUUCUGGUGCUGGUGCUAGUUAUGGUGGAGCAGGCGGUCUGUAUGGAAGGGGAGGUUAUAGUGGCAGUAGUCGGUACCAUCCUUAUGCAAGGUAGAAAAGAGGCAUUUUGAGGCAGUUGCUUAGGCUUUUGCCUUAGAAGUUACACACAGGAGUCUCUAGUUUCCUGCAAUUCUACCUCUUCAGUAUUAGUAGGUUCUUUCUUUGCAAGUACUAGAGGGAUCUCGUAUCAUUGCAGGCAGAGAGCUUUAAACAAUCAGAAGACUUCUAUUAGAUCAACUUUUUAAUUAUGUGGAUUAGACAAAUUUUAUAGAUUGUUUGAUAAGUGCUCCAUCUACCGUUACGUUGUUCUAGAUGAAUUUUCAAUUCAGCUUUUUAUGUAGACUAUAGUAUCUUGUUUUCA